AUGCCCCUUUGGUCCCCCUCUAAGGCCCUUUUCAGGUCCUUCUCUAAGGCGUCGACCUCGACCUUGACUAAGGCCACUAUUACUACUAUCUCCGCCUUGAUUACCUCCGCCUCCUAUACUAGCGAUACUAGUGACACUAGCGGUGCUAGUAGUAUUAGGACCACCUUGAUCGCCUCCACCUCCUAUAUUAGCGGCACUGGUGGUGCUAGCGGUGCUAGUAGUAUUGGGACUACCUUGAUCGCCUCUACCUACUAUACUAGCGGCACUAGUGGCACUGGUAGUAUUAUCGCUACCUUGGUUAUCUCCGUCUCCUAUACCAUCACCCCUAAAAGCAGCUCUACGACCUCUUCUUGGGGAAACCCGACUUCUCUAUAA